AUGUUCUAGCCAUUGUCUAAAAAUAUUUCACAAUUAUCAACAAGGGGACAGAUGGAAAGGCGGCGACCACCGUUUCUCAGAGGCCCCAAUAAGACAAAAGAGGUAGAAAGAAGUACAGGUGGUAAAAUGGAGUCUGCAGGCAGUAUAAUAAGUGGGACUGGAGAUUGUUUAAGCGAAGAGGAUCUUUCACCAGAUGCAUUAGUCAGACAAAAUUAUGAAUUACGUCAUCGUCUUGAAGAAGAAACAGCUAAUUAUAAGAGACGUCUGGAUACAUAUAGACAGGCACAACAACAUCAGGCUGCUCUUGUUUCCCGUUUGCAAGCUAAAGUGUUGCAAUACAAGCAAAAAUGUUCAGAAUUGGAAAAUCAAAUGGCAGAAUCAGCAAUAUAUGAUUCAAACAAAGCUCCAAGUUCUGUAUCUCCAACAACUUCUGUAUUAGAUGCAGCUCAUCAAACAUUAAGGGAAAUUCGCGAAGAACAGAUUCAUGAUCUAGAUACUGCUUUAAAAAAACUGGGAGAGGAACGUAAAAGAUGUGAAAAACUAUUACAAUUAAAUACAACUUUAAAAGAUCAGUUAGAAGAAUCUCAUCAAACAAAUGAAGCACUUACAAAUGAUCUGCAGAAAUUAAGCAAUGAUUGGGAUAUUUUAAGAGAAGAAUUGGCUAUCAAAGAAGAAGAGUGGAGAGAAGAAGAGCAAGCUUUUAAUGAAUAUUAUACUUCAGAACAUAACAGAUUAUUAAAUCUUUGGCGCGAUGUUGUUUCGGUAAAACGAUUAUUUGCAGAGAUAAAAUCUAGCACAGAAAGAGACCUACUAAAAAUGAAAAAUAGUAUUAUUUCUACCUUUAAUGAUGUCUCAUCAGCUUGCAAUAACACAGGAUUUGCUAUGAGAAUACAAGCAGCCAUGCAACCAAUGAUAUCUCAGCAAGUUCAACAAGCACAGGAACAAGUUACAACUGAUUUGAAAACAGAAUUAACAACACUUAAACAACAGUAUGAUGUAGCUCAAAAUGAAAUUCGUAUAAAAGAAGAAAAGAUUAAUCAACUUAUUCGUGAUGUUCAUAGUUUGGAAGAAAGAUGUGGAGACGCAGAAGCAGAAGUACAUCGCAAUACACGUUUACAAGAUGAUAUAGAAAUUUUACAAUCCGCAUUGAGAGAUAUAGCACAUGCUGUAAUCCAAGAUGCAGAAAAUCGUGAAAUCGAAUCUUCUCAAGCACCUCCUCAUCUUCAUCUGUCACCAACUGGACCAAUUCCUCAAAAAUCACCGAAACGAGGUACAAGAAGCAACACCAUUCCAGCCUUUGCUGAAAGUACUAUCAGUGCUGUGCAAGCAGCUCUACAUAAAUAUCAAUUGACUAUACAUGAGCUUCAGGUAAAAUUACAAACUAAUAGAGAACAAUUACAAACAUCUCGCAAGCAAUACGAAAGCGCGGAAGAAAAUGUUAAAACUUUAGAGAGAAGAGCGGAAGAACUGAUUACUGAAUUGGAUACAGUACGGUCACAUUGCUCGCAACUUAAUCAAGAGAAAGACAUGUUACAGAAAGGACUCGAUACUGUAAGGAUAGAAAAAAAUGCACUUGACAAAAGCAGAGUAGAAAUAAACAGUAUGAUGGAGAAUUUGAACAAUGAUUGCGAAAAAUUGCAAAAAGCUAAUAGUAAAUUGCAAAAACUUUGUGAUAAUCUUGAAGAUGAAAAAUUAUAUCUUCAAAGUGAGCUCAGUAGAUUGUCCAAAGAUGUAGAAUUAAGAGAACUAAAUCUGCGUUCAGAAGAAGACAGAUGCAGUAAAAUGCGAGAGGAACUACUAACUUUACGUGAAGAAUUAAAUAAAGCAUAUCUCGCAAAAGAUAUGUUAGAACAACAAAAAUUAGAAACAGAUGGAUUAAUUUCACAAAUUGAAAAAAGCAAAGGUGAUUUAGAACUAGAAUUAGAACGUGUACUACUAGAAAAGUCGGAUGUGCAAGACGUUUUAAUGAAACUAGAAACAGUUUGUAAUAAUCAUGAACAAGAGAAACAACGAUUACAAGACGAAUUGAAAAAGAUAGUAGAGGAGAAAAAUAAAUUAGCAAGCCAAUGCACUGAUCAGCAAGGUGAUUUAGGUUCCUUAAGAAAGGAAUUACUUCAAGCAGAACAAACUAGACUCGAUUUAGAAUCAGAAAAAGUAACAUUGAAUGAAAAAGUAAAAUUUUUGGAGAUUGAGAAGGAAAAGAUUGAAAUGGAACUAGCGCAAGCUACGCGUGAGCGUGGAGAUUUAAGCAAUCAGCUGUCGGUUUUAGCACGGAAGAAAGAAACGUUAAACGAAGAAUUAAUGAGACUCAGACAAAGAUUAGAACAGGCAAAUGAAAUGAAUGGAAGAAUAAACCGAAAUUUAGAAGAUCUUGUAAAAGACAAUGAAGAGAAACAAGUACUCUUAGAAACUAAUGAGAAAGAAGUGCAGCGACUACAAGAGCAACUUGCAUCAAUGCGUAGUGAAAAGGAGACAUUAGAAGGUGUGUUAUUUGAUACACAAACUAAUUUAGAAAAUAUGCAUGUAAAAAAAACGCAAUUAGAAAAGGAACAAAAAGAGCUGUUAAUAAAACAAGAAAGCUUAAAAGGACAAGUAGAAAGAUUAAUGAAGGAACUGGAAAUCAGCGAGAAACGAAGUCUUGAAAUAAAGCAAACUUUAACACAACAAAGUGGCGAUCAAGAAGCUGAAUUUCAACAAAUUAUUACCAAUGUGAAAAAACACAGUGAAGAUAGUAUAAAAAAAUUGAAUGAAGAAAAAGAACAAAUAAAAAUGAACUUAGAAAAACGACUUCAACAAUCUCUGUUGCAACUCACUGGAGAGAAAGAUAACGAGAUAAAUCAGUUGCAACAAAGAAUGGAUGAAAUGCAACAGCACUUAGAAAAUUUAUGUCAGCAGCAUGAGGAAGUUCUCCUUAGAGCAGAGAAUGAUAAGCAGCAAGCUCUUCUCAUAGCUCAUCAUGAUCAGCAAGCAUUGGUGGAAAAGCUAGAGACUGUUCUGCGUGAAAUGGAAGAAGAGAAGAACAAUGUAGAACGAGUUAAACGAGAAGCUGCAGCGCGUGCUGAACAAGAGCGUAACAAUACAAAUCAAUUGCGUGAUGAAUUAAGUCGUCUUAAAACAAAAUUAGACGAAACUAAAUUAAAAGCUGAUGAGGAGAAAAUAAAACUUGAUUUAAAAAUCGAAGAAUUGUGGAAAGAACGUGAAUCAGCACAAAGAGAAUCCGAAGAGUUGCAGGUUCAAUUACACAUGACGGAAGAUAAAGUUGAUAGCUUACAAAAUCAAUUGCAUGAAACUAUUAGAAAGCUUAAAGAUGCCGAAAACCUUAAUGAAUCAUUGCGUAAAGAAUUAGUGGAUAUUAGGAGGCAACUAGCUGACUCUACAUAUGAGAAAGAAAAAUAUAACAGCAGCAAUAAAGAAUUACGCGAGCAUGUGAAACGCAUCGAAAGUGAAAAGAGGGAACAAAAUAGAACUUUAGAAGAAUCGUAUCAAAAAAUUGCAGCAUUGGAAGAUACGAAAGUAAAUAUAGAUACAGAGAGAUCUCGUCUUCAAGCACAACUUCGAGAUAUGGAGAGAGAAACGUUACAAUUACAAAAACAGCUUCAUUUUAGUCAAGAUGAAUUGCAAAAAUCUCAUCAGAGCAAUGCACAAGCACAAAAUGAUGAAAAAGAAUUGCAAGCUCGACUGACUAAUGAAACAGAAGAAAGAGAACGUUUGCAGCUACAAUUGCAUCAAGUGAAGAAACAGCUAAUGGAUGUCGAUAAUAGUUUGAAAGUAACAAGACAAGAACUUGGAAGAUUGCGUUCACGUGGAGAUGAAGAGAACGAGAGAUGGAGAGUUAGAGAACAAGAAUUAGUAGUCCGGCUCGAAGAUAGUCGAUGUCGUGAAAGAAAACUCGAGGACCAAAAGCAUAACUUGGAGGUUUGCUUAACUGAUGCUUCUCAACAAAUUCAAGAACUCAAGGCACGUCUUGGAGGCUCUGAAGGGCGAGUCCGAGCUUUAGAUGCUCAGUUAUCGCAAUUAGAAAUGGCGAAAAAAGAAGUCGAGCAAAAAUUAAGUAGUGUGGGUUCUACUUUACGACGGAUUGCAGGUAUUCAAAUGGAUGGUAGUGUAAAUAUACCCUUCAAAUUAAUGAGUCCGUCAAGAAGAUGGAGUCCAGCAAGAGCUCAAGAUCACAUUGAUUCAACUAGAGAUGUGAUACUUGAUGUAGAUCCUGAGAUUGUUAGAAAAGGUGUACGAUCUCUUAUGCAACAAGUAGCUCAAAUCGAACGCGAAAGGGAUGAUUAUAAAACUGAAUUGUGUAAUCUGAAAAAACAAUUAGCAGAAAUUCAAGAGAUUCAAAAUAGGUCAGAUAUGCAAAUAAAUACUUUAUUAACGAAUAUACGAAUACUUCAGGACGAAAAAAAUUCAUUGGAAGUAAAACUUUCUCAAAAGCAGAGUGGCUAUGAAAUGCAGUUAAAUGCUUUGCAACUAAAAACAGAAGAAUGCGAGCAAUUACGUGAAAAAGUGAUAAAUCUUGAAUUAAUCAUUAGUAGUAAUUCUGAAGAGAAAGCACAGUCUGAGGAAAGAAUGGAUAAGUUGAAACAAGCUUUAAGCAAAAUAGAAAAUGAAAAACGUAAUCUGCAGGAGGAACUUAACAGAAGCGAGUCUCGCGCUACAAAAUUAGAAUUACAAAGAAUGUCAUUAGAAGGUGACCUUCAGAGGUUGCAAAUGAUGUUUCAAGAAAAAGAUACAAAUAUUCAUAAAUUACAAGAACGAAAUGAUAUGCAGAAUCGGGCAAUGUCAAGUUUAGAAGAACGUUGUGCUUCGUUAAAGUCUACGAUAGAACAAUUAAAUCUUGCAUUGGAAAAAGCAUCUACUACAGAAAACGAAUUAAAGAAUGAAAUUAAUUCAUUGCAUCACAAUAUCAUGGAAUUAACAACUACUUUACAGACUUCUAAUGAAAAGAAUAAACAGUUACAAAAACAACUUACAAAUGCUGAAAAUGAACGCAGAAUUCUGUCUGAACGCGUUGAGUCUAUGCAACAAUCUUUGAGUGAUCUAAAACACACAAAUCAAACGUUAACAGAUCAAAUUACUCGUUUACAAAAUGAAUUAGCAAAUAAUGAAGUACAACGUUGUGCCUUAGAAUCUCAAUUGAGAAUAGUUGCUUAUCCUCAAGAAGAAAGUACAAAUAAAGAUGAAGAAUUAUUACGACAGCUACAAAUAGCGCAAAGAGACAGAAGUGAAAUGAGAGGGAAAGUGGAAGCUCUUAAUGAUAAGGUGAAAUUAUUAGAAACUGACAAACGUAAUUUAGAACGGCAGUUAUCGUUACUUAAAUCGACUAACCGUAGCAAAAGUUACGAGCGUUCUGAAAAAGCACAUGCAGAAUUGUUAGGCACAAGUUUUGAUAUAGAUCACUAUGAACAAGAAAACAGAGAAUUAAGAUUGAAAGUCCGUAGAUUAGAAACACAACUUGCAGAGAAGGAGGCUGAGCUUAUAAGAAUGAAAUCCAGUUACAGUCACACGCAUUCGAUAUUUGAUUUUAGUCGAGAUAGAAGUGGAGAAAUCGAAAGACUUAGAGCAGCUCAGUUGCAAGCUGAGAAAUUAUUGGAAGCGAGAGAACAAAGUCAUCGUCAACAAGUUUUACGUUUGGAAAAUCAGAUACAACUGCUACGCGAACAACUUAAUCAAGAAAUAAAACGUCGACAAUUAUACGUCUUACGAAGUUCAAGAGCUGGCAGAGAAAUGCAACAAUUACGACAAGCUUUAGGUGAUUCUUUGAGAACUGUAGCACAAGAUCCGUCAUUAGACGCAGUAUUAUUAGAACAUGAAGCUCGGAAAUUGGAUUCUACUUUAACAAGUACUACCAGUUUACCGCCAUCAUUAGCUUUACCUCCACCACCGUCUUACGAUAGAUCUUCCACACCAGCACAGCUCAAAUAAGUUAUAAUGUUGUUUCAGACUGAAUCAGAUGUGGAAACUGCCAAUGUAUAUUCAAUGAUA